CGCAUUCAUUGGUUGGCUCUUUUCUGUGCCCUGAGCAGGGAUCGAACCCACAACCUCGGCGUACUGGGAAGACGCUCCCGCCAGUGGCGCUACUCGGCCAGGGGCAGAGCAGACCCGGGUUCCGGAACGGCCUCUCAGAAGGCAGACAUGGCAGCGGCAUCUUCCCAGCGCAAGAGGGCGAGCCCCAAGCCGGAGCUGACCAAGGAGCAGAUCCAGGAGAUCCGGCAGGCCUUCGACCUCUUCGACACGGACGCCACCGGGACCAUCGACGUCAAGGAGCUGAAGGUGGCGAUGAGGGCUCUGGGCUUCGAGCCCAGGAAAGAAGAGAUCAAGAAGAUGAUCAGCGACAUCGACAAGGAGGGGACGGGGAAGAUGAACUUCAACGACUUCCUGAUGGUGAUGACGCAGAAAAUGUGCGAGAAAGACACCAAGGAGGAGAUCCUGAAGGCGUUCAAGCUCUUCGACGACGACGAGACGGGCACCAUCUCCUUCAACAACCUGAAGCGCGUGGCCAAGGAGCUGGGCGAGAGCCUCACGGACGAGGAGCUGCAGGAGAUGAUCGACGAGGCCGACCGCGAUGGCGACGGGGAGGUCAGCGAGCAGGAGUUCCUGCGCAUCAUGAAGAAGACCAGCCUCUACUGAGUCCUCUCCUCUCUCUGCUGCUGCUGCUGGCACCGCUCCCGUGCCCGCUGCUGUGCGAAACCUGGCUUUUGAGAGCCCAGAUGUUUUUCCCCACCAACCUCCCUGUACAGCUUUAGUAACAACCUCACACCCGUUUUCAACUCUCGCAACUGUUCUCUGAAACGUUCUGUGAGGUGACCUGCUGUGUCCGUUCAUUCUCCGGGAAGGACCAGAGCAUCUUGGAGGGCUCACCCGCCCGCCGUUCCGCCUUGUGUCGCUUCACUCUGGCGUGAGCCCCGCCUUUGUGGCGCCACAGAAAGACGUUGCAGGCAGACACACGGCGUAACUUGGUCACCACAGCCAGCGGGCACCUCUACGGCGGUUCUGGUGUGAAUCGACACCUGAGUGCAGCUUUCUCUUUUAAAAAGUCCACUGAACUCUCUCACUUGCAUUUGGAUAUGUUUUUCCUAUUUGGUUUGUGUUAAAAUAAAGCCUAAAAAAAAAGUUCCCCGUG